GUGGAACAGAGCUUUGAGUCCCCUUUUCCUCUCUCUUUCAGAUCAACGAGCUCAGCAAUGUUCCCGUCCCUGUCAUGUUAAUGCCCGAUGACUUUAAAGCCUACAGUAAGAUUAAGGUGGACAAUCAUCUAUUCAACAAGGAGAACUUACCAAGCCGCUUUAAAUUUAAGGAGUAUUGUCCACUGGUGUUCCGGAACCUCCGGGAAAGAUUUGGGAUCGAUGAUCAAGACUACCAGAACUCGGUGACCCGCAGCGCGCCAGUGAACAGCGACAGCCAGGGCCGCUGCGGCGCCCGCUUCCUCACCACCUACGACAGGAGGUUUGUCAUCAAGGCCGUGUCCAGCGAGGACGUGGCGGAGAUGCACAACAUCCUCAAGAAGUACCACCAGUUCAUCGUGGAGUGCCACGGGAACACCCUCCUGCCCCAGUUCCUGGGCAUGUACCGGCUCACGGUGGACGGCGUGGAGACCUACAUGGUGGUCACCAGGAACGUCUUCAGCCACAGGCUGACGGUGCACAGGAAAUACGACCUGAAGGGCUCAACAGUAUCCAGGGAAGCAAGUGAUAAAGAGAAGGCCAAGGAUCUCCCGACGUUCAAGGACAACGACUUCUUGAAUGAGGGUCAGAAGCUGCACGUUGGAGAAGAGAGUAAAAAGAACUUCCUUGAGAAGCUGAAGCGGGACGUGGAGUUCUUGGCUCAGCUGAAGAUCAUGGAUUACAGUUUGCUGGUUGGGAUCCACGACGUCGACCGGGCUGAGCAGGAGGAGAUGGAAGUGGAGGACCGGGCCGAGGAUGAGGAGUGUGAGAACGACGGCCUGGGGGGAAACCCCAUCUCCUCCUACGGGACCCCCCCGGACAGCCCCGGAAACCUCCUCAACUACCCCCGUUUCUUCGGGCCCGGCGAGUUCGACCCCUCCGUCGACGUCUACGCCAUGAAAAGCCACGAAAGUGCCCCCAAGAAGGAAGUUUACUUCAUGGCCAUCAUCGACAUUCUCACGCCCUACGACGCGAAGAAGAAAGCUGCGCACGCUGCCAAAACAGUGAAACACGGGGCUGGGGCAGAGAUCUCCACCGUGAACCCCGAGCAGUACUCGAAACGCUUCAACGAGUUUAUCUCCAACAUCCUGACAUAGUCUGUCUUCAGCCUUCAGCGAGGAAGGAAGAGCAGAGGGGCUCCUUCACCCAGAGAACGCAGCCUGUGACACUCAAACAGACACUGUAGCAGCAUGUGGGGUGUGUGUGGGGUGUGUGUGUGUGGGGUGUGUGUGUGUGUGCAAGGUGAGUGUGUGGCACUGCGUGACUUCAGAGAAAACUCAUUCUAGGUGCACCCUCCAACAGUCCACUUGACCCAGGAGGAAAAGUGGGAUUUUAUGUUACAGAAGUGCCCAGACAUUAAGAUUUGAGGGCUUUUUAAACCAAGCAAAGUGCAUUGUUUCAGCACUGCUCUUUCUAGUGACGUUUUCUCCUCUCUGAUCGAGAGGAUCCCGGAGGGAUAUGACGUGGCACUGUAUAAAGGGGUGGCUCUAGAUCAUGUUCAGUGGGAGUGAAGCAGUGCCUGAUUCCACAAACUACUCCUUUUUUUUUUUUAUUUUUAUUUUAUUGGACUGUCUCGACCAGAAAGACAUACAAUCCCUUUUAUUUCCCUCUUGGUAGGAAUUGGAAGGAAAAUAGCUCACCAUUUCAAGGAUGGAAACUAUAACUCUGAUAAGGAGGAGUCGCUGAACUUUAGGUAAAUUCAGACUGGGACACUUUAUAUUUUUUGGUUAAUUUAAGUAACAAAAAAAAAAACAAAAACACCAACCACUUUUUUGUAACUGCACUUGAUUUACAAGAAGGACGAGGGAAAUGAACAUCUACCAAAGAUGAUCUCUUAAAAAAAAAAAAGGUGUAACUCGUAGAACUUAAAAAAAAAAAAAAAAACAACCAGUGUGAGAAGUAGUAGUGGCAUUGACCAACCUCAGUUAAUGAUGUGCUCGGACCCAUUGUGCUUUCAAUUGGCCAGCUCUGAAGAUUUCCCUAAAAGAAAACCAGAAAAAAAAAAAAAAAAGGCAUUUUGUACCUGUAGAUACGGGAUAACAUUUGACUCUUGGGACGUUUCCCUGCCGCGCCUCGAGGUCAGGAAUUGCCACAGCUGACCAUCACAGUCCUGCCAGUGUUAAUCUAGCUAAUGUUCAGUCUUCCUUACUCACCCCAUCUGCAACAGGUACUUGAAUUUGUUUCCUGACAGAGGUUUCUUGGCUUAGUUGGUUUCUGUUUUUUUCCGAUGGCAAUGUAACUUGCACACGAAGGAGUUGGACUCGCUGCCAGUGGGGAGUGCUGGGAGCUGUGACUGUGGAGCGAAUUCCACUGCUCAAGAGGACUCAGGACUUGAGCUGUGGUUGGUUUUACUCUCCUCUGCUCCAAA